AUGGGAACCCGUCGACGCGCAUGCGAUCGUUGUCGAAGGCAGAAGCUCAAGUGUGAUGUGGAGAAGCCAUGCUCACCAUGCGUUCGGUCUGGUUUCGCGUGUGAAACAACAUCAGCACCGCUGAGGAAGUCUCAGAAAUCUCGGAAGACAGCAAAGCGUCAAAAUGCCGAUAAUGUGCGAUUUAAUGGGGUCCCUCCUGCAAGGCCAGACACCGCAUUCUCGGAUCCUUCCCAGGAAAGGGUAAGAGACAACCAAGAGUGGGAGGAGAAUCGAUCGGAGUUGCUUCCUGAACCACACAGAUAUGCCCAAGUAUCUGCAAUCGAGCUCACAGACGAACUGUUCCAAAUACAUGAUCAGGGGUCAGUUGUAUCACCAGCCGAGAAUGAUACGACCUCUGCACUCCCUGGGGCAGAUCACCUCAGUCGCCGAGAUCAUGCGCGUCGGGGAAAUGAGAGACGAUUCAGUUUAUCGUCCCAGUUCCAGGGACUCAUUCUCCCCUCUCGAAGACUUUGUGACUUUCUUCUUCAAUCGUACUGGGACUCUGUGCAUUGGUUUAUGAUGGUCUUCGAUGAAGAGGCCUUCAAAAGGGAAUACAGAGAGAUCCUAGGCAGCCAGUCUGUGGCUCCGCAGCAAAUGGGGACAGCCGUACUAAUCUUAAUGGUUCUUGCCAUGGGCGCAAGAUACGCCGCCGAUGACAAGAUAGGACGAGUCGGCGUUAAUAGGCAGGAAUUACAGGUUUUCCAAAACAAUAUGCUGGAUCAAAUACGCGCUCGCUUUUUUGACGUCCUCGAUAUGGGGGACGUUGAAUGCGUUCAACUGUGCAUCUUGUUGAGCUCGUUCUAUCUUUAUAAUGGCAAACCUAAUCUGGCAUUCCCUAUACUCGGUGCCGGAACCCGCAGUGCACAAGUACAGGGGCUACAUAAUGAAGCUCUAUGGCGCAUCAAGAACAUGGCCACUGCCGAGGUUCGCCGACGGACUUGGUGGGCUUUGUACGUUCUAGAGAGGUUUGCAUCAAUGACUUACGGGCGUCCAUCAUCAAUCGACUGCACGUUUUGCGACGUGAAAAUGCCCCAGGACAUGAACGAUACUUUGAUCGUCCAUCCGUUAUUGAACUCGAUGGAGUUCUCAAACAAGCAGCCCCGAUCACGAGUCACGUUAGGGACAUACCAGCGAGCCAAGUUCGAGUUGUACUGCAUAGCAGCCCCGAUAAUGGGGAAAGUAUACAGUUUCGAGGCGACAGUCCCAACAUCUGUUAUGGAGCAGGCGGCGGAAAUCAACACUCAGUUGGUGGAGUGGUUUAGUCAACUCCCACCGGAACUGAGAUUGGAGCGCAACGUGAAUUUGGAUACAAGCAAGUUGUCCACAUCAGAGCUUAAGGUCUGUCAGCUUUUCCAGCUCCAAGCGCUGGUCCUCCAGCUUGCAUAUGAUAAUAUUCAAAUCAUCCUACAUCGUCCGUUUCUGCGACAUAACCGCAGCCUGCUCAUUACACCCGCUACCCACGCCUUGGACGCACGUCCAACAAGCUUUGAGCAAUGCAAACAUUGCGCUCGUCGGACAUGCAGCAUUCUGCCGCGAUAUACCCAGGUCCUCCUGGCUGCCCAAAAUACUCACGCAGCGGCAUACAUUGCAAUGCAAAACUUCACUGCUGGCGUGACUCUCGGCAUGGUAGCUCUGUCAAACCCUAGUUCAGAGCAGUCCCAAGAUGCCAAGAAAGGAGUUGCAAACUCCAUCUCUUUGCAGAAGGCGCUUGCCGCGUCGUCUAUAGUCCCCUCUCAAACGGUCAAGGUCUUAGAGGCUCUCUUUCGACUCAUCUUCCAGCGUGAGAUGCAGUCACUACUUGGGAAUCAGCCCUUUGACAUAGAAAGCCCGAGGGGCUACACGAGUAAUCAAAUAGAGGCAGAUGAAGGCUAUGACAGGUCUGCUCCGACGAACUCCGGUGAUACAUGCCAGAUGGAGCCAAUGCUAUCGCACGAGGCUCGACAGACUAGACAGUCUCAGUCAACCUGUUCUGUACCGGGUGGUACACAAGAAGAUGGUCUUUGGGGAGAGCCGGCAUCGGGGUACGAGGGUGAUGAAAAUGUUGCUCUACAUGCUGAUCCCGGAAUCGACCAGGCUUUAGAGUCAAUACAACAAGGUAUGUCAGCAGUCGCUCAAUUCUUAAUUCCCAAGCCAUCACAGGAAGAAGCCCUUCCUCUACAUCUUUGGAUCUUUGGCUCGCACGAAGCUUCUUUUACUGACGUCUACGACCUCAGUCCUAUGUGA